UAGGGAACGACUUCCUUUCUGUUUCCUUCUCACACAGUAUCAGCUACCACUUAUCCCAUCUAUCCGGCUGUAAGGAUAUUUGAUCUCAUUUGGUUAGCGUUUGUAUGCUUGGCAUUCCACUUAGACCAAGGGAGAAAAGACUUACGGGUUAUGCAAUAAAAUGAGUUACGACGACCGACGCCUCACUGGUACAAUACGAUGCGACCCGGCUCCAGCUGCAUUGUGACCGCGCGCGUAUACACAGCAGCGCUGCUGCAUACAUUGUACUAUGUAGCUGCAUGUCGACGAGCGAAACUGUGUUCCUUUUGAUAUGUUUGAUCCUUGGACCAACCAUUGGGCCACAAAAACCAUUUUCUCCCCCUCCGCCAACUGCCUGUGUGUGAAUAAUAAAAUCCAAUCAGUAAAAAUAUAAGGAUGAAAAGCUAUUCUCCAAUUCGAUGGCCAGUAUUUGUUCUUCUGAUUUGCAUUUUCUCCAUCCAGACGACAUGACAUUGUAUGCAGUCUACUGGUUAGGAAUCCUGCGCGUCGGCAUUAUGCACAUCUCCAAUUUACGCAUGCAUUAGCCCUUUGGAUGUCAUGUCUGGGAAUUAUAUUGUGCAUAAAAAGUUCACAAUCACAUAAUAUUGAUGUCUGGUGAAUUUUUUACAUUUGUGGUAUAUCCGCAUGCAUUCCGUGCGGUCAUAUGGAUUGUCACUUGGAUAUAUCAUGCCCGUGGCAAAAAUGUCCGGAACUCACUAGGAAGGGAUAGGCCAUACAUGUUCUUACAUCGAUCGAUUUCUCUAUAUUAAGCUCCAAGUCGGCAAUCGCCAAGUUUAAAGGGGAGAUGUCAAUAAAUAUAUGGAUUUUGUUUUGGAUAUCCAACACGAUACUUUUCCUUACCUUCAAGGCGGUUUUCACUGCAAAAGAUUACAUAUCUGACCUGGAAAAACUUGAUCUGGAAAAUAUGACGCACAUUUUAAGGAACCUAUCUCGUUCUUAUGAUAUUCGACUCCGGCCAGGUUUUGGAGGGCCUUCCUUGCACCUGGACAUGGAACUGUCUGUUGCCAGUUUCGAAAGUAUUUCGGAAGUCAAUAUGGACUACACCCUGACCUUAUAUCUGCGACAGUACUGGAGAGACGACCGACUGGCUUUUGCGCCAAACACAAACGUCCAGAUUACACUUUCCGGUGAUUUUGCUAAUCAGAUCUGGGUGCCUGAUACAUUUUUAGCAAACGAUAAGCAUUCAUUUCUACAUGAUGUUACGGAAAAAAAUAAAAUGGUUCGCCUUUCCGGUGAUGGCGAUGUUGAAUACGGCAUGAGAUUCACGACAACGCUGGCAUGUAUGAUGGAUCUGCAUUACUACCCUCUGGAUACUCAGAACUGUACGGUGGAAAUUGAGAGCUAUGGCUACACUACUGCGGACGUCAAUAUGACGUGGAAAAACGGAACUAAUUCCAUUCACGAUGUCAGGAGCAUUGAUAUUCCCCAGUUUACGAUUGACCACUACGAAACAUAUGACAACCAAGUCACAUUAGCAACAGGCGCUUACCAAAGGCUUUUCCUGAAAUUUACCCUUAAACGAAACAUUGGCUACUUUGUAUUCCAAACGUAUCUGCCGUGUAUUCUGAUAGUGAUGCUCUCAUGGGUUAGUUUUUGGAUCAAUCACGAAGCGACAUCUGCAAGAGUGGCUUUAGCUUCUUUUAGUCCGUGUUCAGGGAUUACCACCGUCCUGACCAUGACUACUAUAAGUACAGGGGUGCGCUCAAAUUUACCGCGAAUAUCCUACGUCAAAGCCAUUGAUAUCUACUUGGUGAAAUGCUUUGUCUUUGUAUUCGCUGCCUUACUGGAAUAUGCUCUGGUCAAUUACACAUACUGGGGAGCUCGAGCAAAGAAAAAAGCAAAGAAAUUUAAACAGCAAAGCAUCCCAGAAGGUCGUCAACCGAGAACCAUAUAUUCGCAGGACGGGGGAAUGCUUGGAUUUGACGACAUACGAAUGUCUCCGAUUCCCAGUUUAAGAAAACGGCAAAUGCAAGCACAAAACUCUUAUGGACAAGCCGGUGUUCAUAUGGAUACUAACACUAUCAAUGCCUCUAUUACUCGCAAAGCAAUUCCGCCUUCAUCGAUUAUGAGAUCGCGAGCCGCCAAUUAUCCAUCCACAACGUCCUACCCUGAUUAUGCUCGACGGCCUCGUCCAAUAGGUCACUCCGCUCAAAAACGGCGAAUGUUUCAAAGUGUGCGCAAGCGCUUCACCACAAUGCAGAAAGUAUUGCCAAAAAUCCAAGAUGUAAAUAAGAUCGACAGAUACAGUCGACUAUGCUUCCCUUUAACGUUUUUUAUAUGCAAUCUGGUGUACUGGUGUUUCUAUACCUUCAUUUAAAAAAACGCAAAAACCUGCUCCAGCGCUACAUUUUCGCAUUUUCAGUGUGACAGUAAUUUGAAAGAUUCCUGUGAUUUCGAAAGAUUGCAUCAAUAUUUUUCGCUGACCAAGCAUGAAUGUAAAUAAAA